GUAAAUUUGAAUAAAAUUUCCUUAAAAGACUAAAAAAGAAAGUAAAUUUAAAGUCAUCAACAUCAUAUGUCUUUAAAGACAGUAAAAUAGACAAUAAAUAAAAUCACUUUGUUAACAGGAAAAUUUCAAGAAUGUCUCAGGAUCCUGAUUAUUACUGGAUUGUAUCAUUGAAACUGUCAGAGGUGCUCAAUGAUAUUGGUGUCGAUGAAAGAAUGAUUCUGAAGAGGAGGAGGAUGGCCUUGUUGAGGGAAACUAUGCAGACUUGUAAUCACAGAUUGCAGGGUGGGAAUAAUUCCUUCUAUAAUUUUGGUAGCCAGUCUGAAGGGUCUACAACAAUAGGACUCUAUUCAGACACUGAUCUACUCUUCUGCCUCUGUGAGUAUAAUGUGAUACAGGACUGGGGUGAAUGGCAACCUGGCAGGCCCAAUCUACUGAUGAUCCAGGAUGAGACCACAUCACCAGGUUACUGUCUACUACAAUGGCUGAGGCCGGAUGAGCCUCUUCCUGUUCCUACUGAUUUAUUUAAUCAUGAAACAGACAGAGUUAGCAGAGGUAAAGUGCUGCUGAAGAACACAUGUUAUAGAGAUGCUGUAGCAGGAAGUGUAAUAAAUGGUCCUGCUGCAUCAAGGCAAGGAAGGCCAGGUCUUGUUGAUCAAGACAUUGUUUCAGCAUUCCACUGUAAAUCAUGGCCUGCAGAAGCCCAACCAUGGUUAUUACAACAAGGCAUAGGAAGAUGGCCUACAGAAGACAUGAAGAGGUAUUGUGAGACUACUGGAUGUUUUGUUGUAGCAGUGAGCAGUAAAAAUGGCCAAAAUGAGGAACUUGAAUGGAGAAUAUCUACUUCACAUGCUGAAAGAUGUCUGAUGUUUAAUUUAAACAUCACACAAUUAAGAUGUUACAUUCUGAUGAAGAUGAUUCUUAAAACAUUUAUAAAUCCUCAGUGUGAUGGUGUACUUUCAAGUUUCAUGUGCAAAACUGUUUUAUUUCAUUGUAUACAAAAUAAACAUUCAAAUAACUGGAUGCAAUCUAACUUACUCCCAUGUUUAAUGUGCUGCCUUACAGUAUUGCAGAACUUUGUAAGACAAGAAAACUGUCCACAUUUUGUAAUACCUGAAAACAACCUGAUGUCUGGAAGAAUUUCUCCUCAUAACAAACUCAGAAUUCUUGAAAUACUACAAAAGAUCAUACAAAGUAAGGGUCGUGCACUGCUUGAGAUUCCCAUUGAUGACUUUGGUCCAAGACUAACGGUGACAAUGAACAUGGAUGAAACUUUUCAGUAUUACCAAACUCCAGCCCAAAUGUAUGCCCACAUUUCAACAAGUAUGCUACUUAAUACUGCCAAUACAGUUAUUUUCUGUCAUAUGGACUUUUUAGGAAACAUGUAUCAUGAUGGAAAUGCAAUAGUGCAUGAGAAUGUAUCAAACUUUAUGUUAACACUAACUAAAAUGUACAAAGAAGUGGGUUUUAGCAGUUUGGAAAAAUCUGCACUGAAGUUUUUAGCACCUCUACGUUCAUCUUCCCUAGGAUCUGUGAUAGCAUCUCACGACAUUUACACUACUCACAGUAUAUCUCCAGAAGCACUGGGCUGGUUUUCAGCUGGUUUGAACUCAGAUGUGGCAUCUGGUAGAUUGAAACUUGCAUCAGCAUUAUAUUGUGUAGGAGAUAUGGAAAGAGCAGAGUUGGUUCUGAGGAAUACUGGAGAAAAGUAUGAUCUGAAUACUGUUGAAUCUGUAUGUAAUUGUUAUGAACAUCCCAUGUAUUACCUAAGGCCAGGAUUCAUGCAUAAAUGUAACACUGGAAAUGAAGAAAUGGUACAACAUACUACAGCAUUGUGUGUAAGAUUUCUGCCGUGUGAAAUUGGCUGUGUUCCUAAAGAGCUACAGUAUGAAAUGUUUAGAUCUACACAAGAGGACAGGCUAGAAAGGAAUGAAUGUUUUGACACUUGGAUGGACUGCGCUGUGGUAGAUUGUCUCCCUUACCUCUACUUCCUACAAUACAAGACUUACAGGGCUCUUCAGAGAGUGGCAGAUCAACAAUGUGCACUUACAAACCUUGUCACUACCAUUGAUUCAGAACAAAACCUAGGUCACAGGGAAACAGCACUGAACUUACUAGGACAGUGUAUGGAACAGGAAAACCGACAUAUUGAUGUUUUACACUGCUAUAUAAUGUCUUUGAAUAUCCGAGCAAGAAACAAUGCCGCAAAUUUUCUUAUUUGUAGACUUCUCAAUGAAAUCGUAAACUGAGUUGAACAGGGUAUUCCAUGGAACACGCAUAUCUACAUAAAGAUACUGUAUGUUGCUAUAAAACACUCAUAAUUAAAUUAUCUAUUAUUCAUACAAGUACUAUACAGGCAAUGUAGAGGACUCAAUGUUUAAACCAAUCAUGAAGAAAAAUUGUAUGAACAGAUGUACACUAUACGCAAACAAAAGCAGUCUAAUGACAGUGUGCUCAACGAUUUGAGACCCUUCCGCAUAAUAAAAAGCUUUAUUAAAAUUUUCAUGAGCAUAUGAAUAAAGAAGACACUUGGUACAUUUUUGCAUUAAGGGGACGAUUUGUAAAUAGGCAAAAUAAAAUCUAAUUCACAAUUGUCAUUUCACAAUGUUGAUUACUAUUGACGAGUUUCAAAGUAUUGCAGCUCUGUUUAAAUAAGUCAGGGUUGGUGGGUAGGAAAAAUAUUUUAAUUUUUAAACUUAUUUCAUUUUGUUAACUAAACUGUUGCAGAUAAUUUGGAUACUGCUAUCAUACAGAAAGGAUAAUAAUAAUAACGUCUUUAUUUACAGAGGCUACACAUUUGGGUAACCCAAUCUUCCAUUUGGGCCUCUUCAGAUAUUUACAUGCAUAAUAUGUACAAAACAAACAACGUUAUUGACAAAAUUAAGAAAAAGAAGAAAAUAAUAGUUACUGUAACUAUAACUGUUACCGUGAAUGGCUUUGUUGAAUUCAACUUGAUCCUUGAAUUUCAUCCAGCCUAGCUGUUUAAAGAGUUUCUGAAGGUGUGU